CGUAGCAACUUGUAGUGUCCGCCAUAUUGUACAGGUUUGUUGAUCGUCAUGGGUAGAUCAAGAAGCAGAAGUAGAUCUUCCAGCAGACAGAGGCAUCGUUCUAAACACAAGAAAAGACGCACACGAUCCAGAUCAAGAUCCAGAGAGGCAAGAUCUUCGGUGUCGAACCGACAUAAUUCCAGCAGAAACCGUUCAAGGUCAAAAGACAGAAAGAGAAGAAGAGAAAGAGCUAAGUUAUCUGGAAACUUGGACAGAAAAAGGACGCCCUCUUCAAGUAGCUCCAGUAGUGAUGAUGACUUAAUAAUCAGAGCAAAGCGAAGAGAGGAAGAAGAGAAGAAGGCAGAGCUAGAGCGACAGAGAUUAAUACGACAGAAAGAAUUAGAAGAGAAACUAAUAGAAGAGGAAGUAGCACGGCGAGUGGAAGAGUUAGUGGCCAAACGUGUGGAGGAGGAACUGGAAAGGCGGAAAGAUGAAAUCGAGGCUGAGGUGCGGCGACGCGUGGAGGAGGCUAAAAAAAUCAUGGAGAAACAAAUGUUGGAGGAACUAGAACGCCAAAGAGAGGCUGAGUUAGAGGCUCAGAAAAAGAAGGAGGAGGAAGAAAAACUCAAACGACAGGAGUUGGAGGAUAUAAUGGCAGAAAACAACAGAAAAAUAGAAGAGGCACAAAAGAAAUUGGCUGAAGAGCAAUUGAAAUUGGUCGAGGAACAGAGACGCAUGCUCGAAGAAAAGCAACGAAUGGAGGAAGAAGACAGGAAAAGAAAAAAAAGAGAACAAGAAGUUAUUUUGAACAAAAAGAACGCAAGACCCAAAUUGUCUUUCAGUUUAGGGGGGAAAUAGUUAUGGCUCAUUGUUUUGAUUUAGUGUUUACAUGUAUCAGGUUAAGAAUAAGUUAUUCAGAGUCAAAAAUCCUUAUCACAAGGAUUAAGAUGAAGUCCAGGUCCUUUUCCCACACAUACAUGUAUGAUAAAUAUUCCUCGAGUGGAUCUAUCUGCCUUCCAGGAAAGCAGGAGCAUGCGGACAUUUUUACAUGAUUGGAAUUUAUUUGAUGCAAACAUUCAUAUAUAUAAAUGCUGUGGCAAUUCCUUGCAUCUUUAAAUUCCGUCAUGUUUAUUUGUGUUUGUUUUUGUUUAUGUUCCUUCACAUCAUCUCAUAUUAACUGUAAAUCGAUAAAUCAUGUGAAUUAAAAUCAAUACUAGAAACU